UCGACUGAACGCGGCCUAUGAUAUAGAUGGAUUUAAUUUUUCGUUUAUAUUUUUGAGAGAAACGAAUAAACUUUCAAGUUAAAUAAAUAUACACAUCUAGAAAAUGUUUUGCAAUAUAGUUUUUAACAUUUCAUUGUUAUAGUUAAAAUUUAAUUUUUUUUUAAUCGAUUCGUUUACAUUCAUUCGUAGGUACCUAAUAACCUUUAAAUUAUACCCAUCUAUAAAAAUAUGCCUGUUUUAAAAGGAUGGAGGUAUGUAGCUGUAAUAGGUGGUCUUGUAGGAGCUAUAGGCAUAGCCAUAUAUCCCAUAAUAAUUGACCCUAUGUUAAACCCAGAUAAAUACAAAAAAAUACAAGCCGUUACUAGAGCAAACAUUAGGCAAGAGGAUAUCCAACCUGGGAAUAUGAAAGUAUGGACAGAUCCCUUCGAUAGAAAGAAGAGUUAAUUCUGUAUUGGAAUUAAAUUUUACUAUGUACAGAUGCAAUAUUCAGAAUAAUAACAAAAUAGUCAAUAAGUAAUUUUGUAAAUAUUUACCGAUCUUGAAAGUAUAUAAUAAAAUACAAUCAGAU